AUGGAAACCAAACUCAGUUUCACGUUAACAGGACAAGAAGAAGCCGAAACAUCGACAAGAUUCAAAGGUGUAGUUCUUCAGCAAAACGGGCACUGGGGAGCACAAAUAUACACUAAUCACACCCGAAUAUGGCUCGGAACAUUCAAGACGGAGCGCGCCGCUGCCAUGGCCUAUGACAGUGCGGCCAUCAAGCUCCACCGGAGCAACGCUCACCGGAAUUUCCCUUGGAAUGAACUUACUUCACUCGAACCACACUUUCAAGAACUCUUCACAACCGAAGCUGUUCUUGCCAUGAUUAGAGAUGGGUCUUAUGAAAAUAGAUUCUCCGAGUUCUUGCACUUCAUGAGGAAUUCAAAAUUGAAGAGUAAGACGAUGUUGGGGGGGUCUUUUGGGAAAGAUGGAGUUAAGUGUGUGGAGCUUUUUGAUAAGGAGUUGACGCCGAGCGAUGUCGGGAAGUUGAAUAGAUUGGUAGUGCCGAAGAAGCAUGCGGUGCAGUACUUUCCGGUGAUGAUGGAGGGGAGUGUGGAGGAGAUGAUGCUUGAGUUUAGGGAUAGGGAGGAUGGAGUGUGGAUGUUUAGGUAUUGUUAUUGGAAGAGUAGUCAGAGUUAUGUGUUUACAAAAGGGUGGAAUAAGUUUGUGAAGGAGAAAGGGUUGAGGGCUAAAGAUGUGAUUGUGUUUUAUAGGUGUGAGGAGAGGGGAGAAAGGGGUGAGAGGAGUUAUUGUAUGAUUGAUGUGGUGAAGCAUGGUGGUGAUGGAGAUGUGGAGUUGGAGCUUGGGUUGAAAAUGGAGGAGGAGGAGGAGGAGGAGGAGGAAGAGAAGAAGGUGGUGAAGUUGUUUGGGGCUUGUAUUAGUUGA